AUGGAGCAAGAUCCCGCCGGGACCAUGGCUAUGCCCCACGACGGCCUCGACGACACCCUCGGUGGCAUUGAGGGCUCCCCGAGGCUCGAUUCCGGCGAAAAUGGCCACGACACACACCACCAACAGCCACAAUCUCUCGACCAGGACAUGGCUAGCAGCACGCAUCCGGAUGGAGUGGAUGCUAAUGCUCGAUACGAUAGCCCUCCUGUGCAAUCGCAACCCUCGAUAUCCAGACCGCCCUCGGGCCUUUCCGGUGCUGGUGGUGAUAGACACGCAAGCCACAGUGACAGAGGCAGCAAUGGAGCCGACCAGAACAAUGCGCGCAACCAGGUCGUCAUAAAAGUUGGCAUGGUGGGGGACGCUCAGAUUGGCAAGACGUCACUGAUGGUAAAAUACGUCGAGGGCAGUUGGGACGAGGACUACAUCCAGACACUAGGCGUCAACUUCAUGGAAAAGACGAUCAGCAUACGCAACACCGAAAUCACCUUCAGCAUUUGGGACUUGGGCGGUCAGCGGGAGUUCGUCAACAUGUUGCCCCUGGUCUGCAAUGAUGCCGUGGCUAUACUGUUCAUGUUCGACUUGACGCGGAAGAGCACGCUUAACAGUAUCAAGGAGUGGUAUCGCCAGGGACGGGGCUUCAACAAGACGGCGAUCCCCAUUCUCGUCGGUACAAAAUACGAUCAUUUCGUCAACUUCCCGCGGGAAGACCAAGAAGAGAUCUCGAAUCAGGCACGACGAUUUGCGAAAGCAAUGCGAGCUGCUCUGAUAUUCAGCAGUACCAGCCACAGUAUCAAUGUCCAGAAGAUUUUCAAGAUCGUCCUGUCAAAAGCUUUCGAUCUGAAGUGCACGAUACCCGAGAUCGAAAACGUCGGCGAGCCGCUUCUUCUCUACCAGUCGUGCUAG